UCUUCCUCUUGCGCUCAGAGCUUCUUGUUCUUUGGGUUUCUAAAGAAAAGAGGAGGCUUGUGUUUGUUCUUCUUGAAGCCUUCCAUUCUCCGAUCCCUCUUCUUGAACCCUAUCACAGCGAUGGAGCUCUCCCGAAAGCUCGAAAUAUGCGAGCAGAAGCGUCGCACUCUCCUAGAUCAGCUCUCUGAGCUCGAGAGAUACUGGAAGCCAUUGAGCAUUCUCUUCGAACUGCGAGAGCUUGAAGCAAUGAAGAUCCACAAGAGUUUGCAGAAUUGCCUUGAAAAGAAAAAUGCGGUGGACAAGCAAUUUGCCGAGCUGAUGGCUACGAUAAUUGAAACGCCAUCCAGGAUGCGUUUCUUGCAUAAGAGCAAUAAGGAUAUGGAAAAUCAGAUUAACACUGCUGCUGCUAUUGUUGAAUCCUUAAGGAGGAACAAUGAGAACAAGAGAAUUGAUCUUCAAGUAACUGAAAACAAGGUUAAAAGACUCUCCGAAUCAAAGAAGAGCUUGUUGAUGCAGCUAAGUGGACAAAGGCACUGCAAGGGAGCUGAGAUGCAAGCAUCCACAAGUGCUUCUGCUAAAGGAAAGUAAAUGGAGCAUAAAAGGGGAGGCAAUCUAAAAGUCAACUGAUAUCACCACGAUAGCAGAUUGAAAAAAAUCCAAUUUAAAUUUUUGUGAUACAAAUACUGAGGGACUGAAUGGUCAUUUGAUCAGUUCAGUAUUAUUGCGAGUUCUUGUUGUAAAAAGCAUUAGGAAGAACUUAACAAGUGAUGUUGUUUCAAAUGAUGGAGUACCAAUUCCUUCACAUUUCAGUGUCAAUAGUAAUUCUGAUGAGGCCAAAUGAAAAAGAAAGUUUCUUGGUAACAGUUCUAUCAUC